AUGGAUAUCCGCCUCCUCACAAACGCAGACUUGCCCCUCAUUCAGCACGCAAACCUCGAGAACCUCCCCGAGAACUACUUCCUCAAGUACUACCUCUACCAUGCCCUCUCAUGGCCCCAACUGAGCUACGUCGCCGUCGACGUCUCGCGACCCAAGAAGGAUCCCUACGAGUACCCCAAGAUUGUCGGAUAUGUCCUCGCCAAGAUGGAGGAGGAGCCUUCAGACGGCAUUCCACAUGGCCACAUUACGAGUCUGAGCGUCAUGAGAACACACCGAAGAUUGGGUAUUGCUGAGAAGUUGAUGCGCCAAAGUCAACUGGCCAUGGUCGAGACAUUCCAGGCAAAAUACGUCUCCCUCCACGUCCGUGUCUCCAACGCCGCAGCCCGUCAUCUCUACGAAAACACCCUCGGCUUCACCAACGAGAAGACCGAGUCCAAAUACUACGCCGACGGCGAGGACGCCUUCUGCAUGCGGCUAGAUCUUGGAGGCAUCAAGAAGCAAGUCGACGAUGCCCUUGCAGAGGAAGAGGAAGAAGCCGAGGACGAGGGUGAAGCCGUGGGUGAGGUUGGACGCGAUCCUGAAGCCGGCAAGGACAAGGACAAGAAGAAGAAGAUGAAGGUUGCCGUGGGGAGGAGCUUGGGCGUUGGCUCGUUGGUGGAAAAGGAUGACUCGAAGCAUUAA